UCCUCAUGAGACAAUGUUGCUGACUUUGCGCCAAAUUCCGGAAACGUAAACUUUCCAAGGACUCUUUUUCAAAGUCUUUAACUCACUUUCCCCCUCUUCUUCUUCUUCUUCUUCUUCUUCUUCUUCACUCUCUCAAUUCCCUCUCAGAUUUUCCCCAAAACGCUGUCGUUCUCAACAACACCCUUUCCUUUCUGCAUUUCCAUGAAUUCUCCUUCUUCCUUCACUUUCAGCUCGAUUUGAAUCUCUUCGCUUCUGCUUCACCACCACCUUCAGCUCAAUUGGGGUGCUAGGGUUUCGCCCUAGUGCCCGACCAGGGACUUGACUAUGAGUGUCACUAGCACCUUCAAUGAGCAGAUUCUUGCGGACAAGAUGUCCAAGAUCAACAGCACCCAGCAAUGCGUUGAGACUUUAUCACAUUGGUGUAUAUUCCACCAAAGCAAAGCAGAACUAGUUGUUGGAACAUGGGAUAAACAAUUUCACAAUUCAGAGAAGGGUAAGCGGGUCCCCCUUCUGUAUCUUGCAAAUGACAUCUUGCAGAACAGCAAACGUAAAGGAAAUGAAUUUGUGACUGAGUUUUGGAAGGUUCUUCCUAAUUCACUUAAAGAUGUUCUUGACAAGGGUGAGGAUCACGAAAAGCGUGUGGCAUCUAGACUGGUGGAUAUAUGGGAGGAAAGGAAAGUGUUUGGAUCUAUGGCACAGAACCUUAAGAAUGUAAUUCUUGGAGUAGAAGCACCUCCACCGUUGGAGUUCAACAAAAAGCGAUCCCGUACGGGAUCUGUACGAAUUGUGAAAAAGGAUUCUCGCUCCAUUAGAACGAAAUUGACCAUUGGAGGUCCGGCGGAAAAAAUAGUCUCAGCCUUUCAUGCAGUGCUUAGCGAACAUCCCAAUGAAGAUGCAGAGAUGAGUAAAUGCAAGUCUUCUGUACACCGUGUGAGGAAGAUGGAAAAAGAUGUUGAUAUUGCAUGCAAUAUCGUAAAGGACCCUAAGCGAAAAACUUUGGCCAAGGAAUUAGUGGAGGAAGAAAGUAUUAUGAAACGAUGUAUUGAAAAUCUUAAAUUAGUUGAAGCAAGUAGAGCAGCACUUGUAUCUCAGUUAAAAGAAGCUUUGCAUGAACAGGAAUCUGAAUUGGAGAAUGUUCGUACUCAGAUUCAGGUAGCACAAGCACAAGCAGAAGAGUCUAGCUUCAUGAGGAAACGACUUGAAAAUGAAGAAAUUUCAUAUAAACCAUCAUCCUCAACAACUUCAGUUAUUGAUACAAAUGCAAAAUCAGAAGCAGCAACUAAGAAGUCGGCUUCAACAAUUGCAGCAGAGGUUGCAGAUAAACUAGCAGCUUCUUCAUCAUCUCAAUUCAUCAUGACUUCUGUUCUCGAAACGUUUGCAGCUGAGGAGGCUAAAAAUGCUGGUCUAGCUUCUGAGUCCAUGUCAAAACCUGAGCAGCCAAUACACCUGCCAGAUCAAUAUGCUUUUUUGUCCGCACCGCAGUUGUUCGCCACACCAAAUCAUUCAUACCCUUCAGCUUUGGUACACCCACCAACAAUGCAGAAUCCAGCCGCCGCACCACAAGGUCAAUAUAUCAUGAUGGGUAAUUCAUCCUCCCAGCAGUUUUUGGAGUCAUCAGGAGGGAUUAUAUCUCCUUAUGGUUAUGGUAGCAUUCCACCAUUACCGCCAGGACCACCCCUACCUAUGGAGAAUCCAAUGAUGCCUCUGACAAACCAGACAUUACAAAUACCGCCGCAGCCGCAGCAGCAAGCUCAUGUAACUCAACAUCCACCAAUAACAAUGACACAGCAAGCUCCAGCAGCACCUAGUUUCCUACCAAUUCAACCCCCAGGAAAUGUAUACUAUGGUAAUCAUGUGCCAUUCUAAAUGAGUCCUGCAAUAGUUAGCUUUAAACUAAGUAUUGAUGAAGAGAGAGAGAGGGAGGGAGACAGAGAGAUUUUGAUAGAUUUUUCUUUAUUUUUUAUGGUAAUGUACUUGUAUAGCCAAUUGCAAUUAGAUCAUUAUUGGGUCUUAUUUAUGCAGUCAAAGACUGAUUUUGAAACCAAUAAUACAUAAGGCUCUGUUUGGAUUUUGGCC